AUGGUCACGCCAGUUGAUGAUGUCAGGGUGGAGGUUGGAAAGAGCCAAUCCGCUGCAUCCACUUCCACAGAGGAUGGACCCUGUCGGGCUGCAGGUAACGUAAAGUUGCGGAAACAUAGAGCUGUGUUCCCACAGAAAACAGUCAAGAGGUUGGAGUACAUCUUCAAAAUCCAGAAACAGAUAUCCGCAGUGGAACGACGGGCACUGGCGAAAGUACUGAAUCUAACGGAGACCCAAGUCAAGACCUGGUUCCAGACUCGACGCUACAAAGAGAAGAAAAGUUCCAAGGAGUCAACAACCAAUGGUGAGGAUAUUGCCCAUACAACUGUAAUGGGCGGGCCAGCUGCUUAUGGCAGUUAUGCCAACCAUUAUCCCCGGCCACCACACAUGCACUACCCAGCUCCAAUAUAUGGUAUGAAUACUAUGUUCAGUGGUUACCAGUUCAGCCACGGGCAACUGCAAGCAGCACAACCUGGAUUGGCUCAAGGGCAGGCUGGCGUUGCCAUGGCAGCAGCCAUGCCACAAAUGCCAAUGACAGCACAGCAGCAAAUGCAGUUCCAGACAUCACCUAUGUCUGGGGCUCGUGGUGCUCCACCGUCUGCCAUAAUGCAGCAGCAGUAAUACGCAAUGCAGAUGCCACCUCCAAGAACAACCAGUUCACCACAAACUGCAUAUACGCACUCCAGUGGCUCGUGUCACAUAUGUGACAUCAUUGCCCGAGGUUUGGAUUUCAGAUUAGCACAGUGA